AUCCGUUCGUUGUCCAAAGGUCAGGGAAGCAAGCUGACUUAGCUUUGUAUUCCUUGCGUGUGCUUCGUGGUGGUCUUUUCAGAAUCCAGGGGAAUCCCAAUUGAUCCAAAAUGUCACGGAAAUCCAAUCCGGUUUAUGUCAUUGGGGUUGGAAUGACCAAGUUUGAGAAACCCGGACGGCGAGAUGAUUUUGAUUACCCUGACAUGGUUAAGGAAUCCGUGGGAAAGGCUUUGGUGGAUGCUCAGAUUAGCUACGAUCAGAUCGAGCAAGCAGCCGUGGGCUACGUUUAUGGGGAUUCCACGAGUGGUCAGCGAGCCCUCUAUGAAUGUGGUUUGAGUGGCAUUCCGAUUUUCAAUGUGAACAACAACUGUUCCACCGGAUCUUCGGCCUUGUUCUUGGCCCAACAAGCCAUCGCCGGAGGAAGCUCAGAUUGCACGUUAGCCGUGGGAUUUGAAAAGAUGAAAAGAGGAUCACUCGGACUUAUGUUCGAUGAUCGAACAAAUCCCAUCGAUAAACAUGUCGAGGUCUUGAUGAAUGUGGAGGAAAUCGAGCCCAGUCCAAUGGCAGCGCAGAUGUUUGGCGCAGCUGGACGCGAGCACAUGAAAAAGUAUGGAACCAAAAGGGAACACUUUGCCAAGAUCGCCGAGAAGAACCACCGACAUUCGGUCAACAAUCCCAACUCCCAGUUUCGAGACGAGUACACGUUGAGACAAGUUUUGGAAUCGCCCAAAGUGUAUGACCCCUUGACCAAACUUCAAUGCUGUCCUACGUCUGAUGGAUCAGCGGCUGCCAUUCUCGCUUCUAAGGACUUUGUUAUCAAGCACAAAUUGGAGAACCAAGCCGUGGAGAUUCUAGGCAUGGAGAUGGCCACGGACUUUCCCAGCUCGUUCAAUGAGAACUCUUGCAUCAAAAUGAUUGGCUUCGACAUGACUCAGAAGGCGGCCAGGAAACUGUUCCAGAAAACGGGACUGAAACCCGAAGAUGUGGAUGUGAUUGAGCUUCACGAUUGUUUCUCAACCAAUGAACUCAUCACCUAUGAAGCACUGGGCCUUUGUCCAAUUGGAAAGGCGGGACAACUCGUGGACAAUGGUGACAACACAUAUGGCGGGAAGUUUGUCAUCAAUCCGUCGGGUGGACUCAUAUCCAAAGGGCACCCAUUGGGGGCCACAGGUUUGGCCCAAUGUACCGAGCUGUGUCUUCAAGUCCGGGGUCAAGCUGAUAAGCGACAGGUUCAAGGGGCACAAAUUGCUCUUCAACACAAUCUUGGACUAGGUGGUGCUGUUGUAGUGGCUCUUUACAAGAUGGGAUUCCAACAGACCAAUGGCACAUCUCCUCAAUCGGAUGGAUCUUCCGGAUUCAAGUCUCGCGCUAUUUUCGACGGGAUUGCCGAGGCCCUGAGCUCUGAUGGGCCCAACUUGGUCAAAAAGGUCAAAGGGAUCUUCGCCUUCAAAGUGAAGGGCUCAGAUGGAACCGACGGAACUUGGAUCGUUGAUGCCAAAAAUGGAAGUGGAGCGGUGGAGUUUGGCGGAAAAGCCAAGCCCGAUGUGACCUUAACGUUAAAAGAUGAGGACUUGGUCGAUUUGAUGCUCGGCAAGCUCAAUGCUCAAAAAGCCUUCUUCCAGGGAAAGCUGAAGAUCCAAGGGAAUAUGGGAUUGGCGAUGAAAUUACAAGAGUUCCAGAAACAAGCCGGGGAACAAAUGAAGGCCAAAUUGUAAUUUUGGGAUCCAGUCGUUGCCCCCCCUUUCACUUUUUUGAGUGAACGAAUAAAGCCAAAUAUUUGAGAUUGAA